AAGUGAUAAGAAAUACUCAUAAUAUGAACUGUUGGGCAACCGGAGAAGAAAGUAAAAAAGACGUUUAAAAUAUAUUUUUUAAAUUCAUUACUUCUCAUUUUUUGUUACAACGUAAACUUUAAUUUACAUGUUGUGUAUUUUAAACUCUAUUUGAUGAAAACAUUUCAUAAUAAUUAUGAAUAAUUAUUGAAUUGUUUUUCUGUACCCACUGGUUUACUAACAAACUUUAAUUUGGUUGCAUAUGAAUUUAUUUGAAUAGGUUCAAGCCUAAACUUAUAAGACAAAAUAUUAAGAUGGAAAAAUCCUUGCAAUUUGAUGUGAUCGCCACCUGCUCUUCUUCAAAAGCUCGUACUAGUUUAAUGAAAUUACCACAUUAUACAGUGGAAACGCCAGUGUUUAUGCCUGUUGGUACCAAAGGAUCAGUUAAAUCUGUUUUACCAGAGCAGUUGGAAGAUAUUAACUGUCAAAUUAUUCUAGGAAACACAUACCACUUGGGAUUACGUCCUGGAGUUGAAUUAUUAAAAAAAGCAAAAGGCCUUCAUAAUUUUAUGGGUUGGAAACGAGCUUUACUUACUGAUUCUGGAGGCUUUCAAAUGGUCUCAUUGUUACAUAUGGCUGAAAUUGAUGAACAGGGUGUUAGUUUUGAAUCACCUUAUGACGGUACACAAAGCUUGUUAACUCCUGAGAAGUCUAUUCAAAUACAGAAUGCAAUUGGUGCAGAUAUAAUAAUGCAGUUAGAUGAUGUCGUACCUACUACUUCAAAAGACAGCGAAAGAAUGGAAGAAGCUACAUACAGGACUACACGUUGGUUAGAUCGUUGUUUAAGUGCUCACGAAAGACCUAAUGAACAGAAUAUAUUUCCAAUUGUUCAAGGGGGUCUUGUUGAUGAUCUAAGAAGGUUAAGUGCCAAUUUACAUUUGGAAAGAAAAGUGAACGGUUAUGCUAUAGGUGGUCUCGUUGGUGGGGAAGAAAAAAAAGAUUUUUGGAGAAUGGUUCUUCUAUCUACUAAUAUACUACCUUGUGAUAAACCUAAGUAUGUAAUGGGAGUUGGAUUUGCAGUGGAUUUAGUAAUUUGUUGCGCUUUAGGAGCAGACAUGUUUGACUGUGUAUUUCCGACAAGAACAGCUCGGUUUGGUUGUGCUUUAAUUUCAAGUGGUCAAAUUAGUUUAAGACAAAAAAAGUUCAGAAUGGAUUUUGGACCAAUUGAAAAAAAUUGUUGCUGUUCAACCUGUAAGACAUAUACUCGAUCAUAUCUACAUCAGAUUGUCAGUACAGAAGCUGUUUCUUGCAGUUUAUUAUCGGUACAUAAUCUUAAUUAUCAAAUGCAAUUGAUGAAAGGUAUUAGAGAAAGUAUCAAGGUAAACAAAUUUCCAGAAUUUGUCCAGGAAUUUAUGACAAAUAUGUAUCCAGAUAAGAAUUUUCCACAGUGGUGUCUUGAUGCACUUCAGUCAGUGAAUAUAGAAUUGAAAUAAAAUGUAUGUCUUAAGCAAAAAGUUCUGCAAAUUUUACAAUAUUGUUUGAACUUUAAGUUCAUAAUUUUCAUUGUUUGAAAAUUAACAA